AUGCAGAUCUUCAACAACAGUCGUAUCUUCGGACAAACGACAUCAGGCAACACGAUGAAAUGGGAGUUCGUCGAGCCGAGCAAAAAUAGCUUCUCGUUCGCAGGCGGCGACGAUAUGAUCGCGCUGGCAAAUGCGACGGGAAAGAAAGUCCGCUGUCAUAAUCUUGUUUGGUCGGAGGAAUUGCCUAGUUGGGUUUCGUCGGGAUCCUGGACGAAUGAAACCCUGCUUGCUGUUUUGGAGCAUCAUAUCUCGAAGGUUGUGAGACAUUAUGGGGAGAAUUUCUUCCUCGAAACAAUCAGCGAAUCCUACAUCCCCCUCGUUCAAUCCCUAAACGCCGACAUCAAACUCUUCUACAACGAUUACGGCAUCGAGAACCCAGGAGCCCGACACAGUGCAGCCGUGAAGCUUGCAAAGAAAAUCCAAUCCUGGCCCGGCGCGCACAUCGACGGUAUCGGCUUCGAAUCCCACUUCAGUACUUCCUGGCCCCCGACGAAGAUGCAGCAGCUCCAGGCCAUGUCCGCAUUCACCGAGCUCGGGUUACAGGUUCAGGUAACGGAGCUGGAUGUGGCGUGCUCGGCUGUGCCGUGUUCGCGGUCUGAUCUUGCGACGCAGGCGAAGGCGUACUUUGAUACGGUUUCGGCUUGUGUGGAGAUGGAGGAUUGCACGGGGAUUACGGUUUGGGAUUUGAUGAUAAAUAUAGUUGGAUUCAGCCGGGUACGAAUGAUGGAAAAGGGGAGGCUUGUUUGUUUUUUAGUGAUCUGGGGAGGCACCCUGCGUACACAGCUGUUGUCGAGGCGUUGA